CACGAACGACUUAUCAAUUUACAUGUAUGACGUCACACCUGAAAAUAAAAACAUGUAUGUAUGAUGUCUUCUCAUAACAGGGGCACAGCUGGACAAGGAAAAAGAAAAACUCAGAUUUCGUUUAUCAUCAGAGAUGAAAUUGAAAAAUACAAUCGAUCAGGGGUAAAUGCCAUUCAGUAUGACCCUGAUCUACAAAGACUUUACUCUGCGGGAAGGGAUUCCAUUAUACGGAUAUGGGAUACCCAGGCAAAAGAGGACCCUUAUUUGUUUUCUAUGGAGCAUCAUUUUGAUUGGGUCAAUGACAUUGUUUUAUGCAGAGAAGGAAGAGCAUUGAUAUCAGCUUCCAGUGAUACCACAAUAAAAGUAUGGAACGCACACGAAGGAUCAUGUCUAGCAACCCUCCGGACACACAAAGACUAUGUCAAAUGUCUGGCGUAUGCCCGGGACAAGGAGAUGGUGGCAUCUGCAGGACUGGACCGCUCCAUUGUGUACUACGACGUGGCCAGUCUGGUGGCCCUAACUGUCAACAACAACACCACAUCAAUCUCGAGUGUGAGGGAGACUCACUCCAUCUACAGCCUAGCCAUGAACCCCUCGGGGACGGUGCUGGUCUCAGGGUCCACCGAGAACUCGCUCAAGGUGUACGACCCCCGGGACUGUGUCACCUGUCUGAUGAAGCUGAAGGGACACACGGACAACGUCCGGGCCCUAGUGGUCAGCAGGGACGGCACCCAGUGUUUGUCGGGAAGUUCAGAUGGAACAAUUCGACUGUGGUCACUCGGUCAACAGAGAUGUAUCGCCACGCUCCGAGUUCACGACGACAGCGUGUGGGCAUUACAGGCCAAUGACUCAUUUACGACGGUGUACUCCGGAGGUCGUGACAAGAGGGUGUGGGCGACGGACUUACGUAAUCCAGAUCACAGAACGCUGAUUUGUGAGGAGAAAGCACCCAUACUGAAGCUUGAGCUGAUAGAGGGAGACUCAGAAAAUAUCUCUCGCCCUGGUGUCACAGAUUCCUUGUGGGUGGCCACCACAGAUUCUUCCUUCAGAAACUGGUCCCUUGAGAAGGUACAGAAUCAGAUGUCAGGGGAUUACGACCUUGACACAGUUAAACCAGUGAAUACACAGCCACUCAAAUGUGUCAAAGGAAACCCCAGAAUCAAACAGUACCAUGUUUUAAAUGACAGGUGCCAUAUUUUGACCAAGGACACAGAUGAUAAUGUGGCCCUUUGGAAUGUCGUAACUGCAAGGUUGGUAGAGAACCUCGGCAAAGUGAACUAUGAGGAGGAGAUCAAGAAGAGGUUCAAGAUGAUUUAUGUCCAUCACUGGUUCACGGUGGACCUCAAACUCGGGUUAUUGACCAUACAUCUGGAUGAAUCCGACGUCUUCUCUGCCUGGGUAUCCGCAAAGGAACUCGGAUUCACCCCUUCAUCCGAGAGUGUUGACACUAAAUUAAAUUUAGGUCAGAAACUUCUAGAAGCACUGUUUGAGCACUGGCCCCGGGCUCAUUGGUUUGUUGAAAAUGAAGACGGGAUGCUGGUUAAGGUGGACAGCCCUGAUUUCUCUGUACCAGACCACACCCUGAUCAUCAUCUGGCACGGCCUGCACUCCUCUCAUGGAAGCAGUGAUGGUGAAAGUUUUAAUUUCUACCGAUUUGUAUGUCGAGAUGCUGGAGAGAUGGACCAAAUGAACGUUCCCAAGCAUCUCAAUGAUUGGGUGCCACACUGGGCGGCAGAAAUUAUCAUUCAUAAAAAGACACCAAAGAGCAUCAAGUUAACCUUCUAUCUCCUACCAGAUCCAAGUACAGGCAUCAAACCCAUCAAAAAUGAAGCUCUCUCGGUGCCCAGUGAUCUGAUGCAGGUGAGGAAGGUGAUAGAGCAUGUGUACAAGUUCCUGCGGCAAGGGAACGAGAACGGACACCCGAGUGCCAACCACGACAAGGAGGUGCAGGAUUUCAGUUCCAUCGCCGGGGAGAAGGUGGAACUUCUGUGCAAUAAUCAGGUCCUUAAUGCUACAAUGGAUCUACGUACUGUCAAACAUUUUUUUUGGAAACAAAGUGGAGACCUAGUGUUACAUUACAGGAUUAUCAAAAGAUGAUAGAGAUCUAUUAGAGACAUAUAGAGUACAUUUACAGUUUAAUCCAUUUCUUCAGAGGAGAGCCCCAUCAUUUCCAUUCUGAUUAUUAUUCCAUACUUUUCUAAAGUAUCUAAUCGGAGACUGUACAAGACUUGUAGGUUGUUAAAUGGCCCAGGGACCAUUGUUCAAUUCCAGAAUUUUAUGUCUGAACAUGUGAAAUAUUUAUGUACACAUGUAAAGCAAGUUUUACAUGGCCCAAGGACCAUUGUUAGAAUCCAGGAUUUCGAGGCAUAAUAAGUGAAGGAUUUGUGUGUAAUAUGUGAAAAGUGAGUAAAUUCUAACCACGUUAGAUGCUGACAGACUGGAUUGGUGUUUAUUCCUGGAAUGGUGACGAGAAGAAAUUUAUUAGUUUGACCAUAAAAUGGUUGUACGAAGAGCCAGAUCUGUGAUUAUAAUGAUUAAUAACAUUUUUUUGUGAUUUUGUAUUCUUGGUCAUUAACUUCUAUUAUUUGAAUCUGUUGACUAGUUUCUUGAAGGAAGAAUAUUAGGACUGAAAAGUCUAAUGGUGUGUCUCCUAUAGACUUGCCACAGUAAAGUUACAUGGCAUUGCACAACCCAAACUCUGAUGUUGCCAGGAAAACCAGUCAUUCUUCAGCUGUUCUUGACGUUUACUUUUCAGAAUUUAAAAUCAAACUAAUAGAAAUAAAAGCAUUAGAAUUUUAAUUCCAUUUGACAUGCAGCAUCAACACACUUUCAAGGGACCUAGACACGAUUUAAGUCAACAAUUUCAAAUUUUUUUUUUUCAAUUUUGAAUGUUUAGAAUGCUUUUAAAUAUGGAUAUUAUUAAUGCUUUAUCAAAUUUGAAAUUUAAUUAUUGAGUUACAAGCAAACUAUAGAGUUUACUUAUGUGUUGUUUUGGUAUAUGUUCUAUCAAAUAAUUGUUUUUUUUUUGUUUUUGUUUUUUUUUGGGGGGGGGGGGUAUUAAUAGUAUUUAUGAAUAAAUUGAAUUUUUUAUAUUGUUUGCCAGGAGUCAUUUUGUCAAAAGAAAUAAGAGAGAAUCUUACUUAACAAUAUUUGUAAGUUAAUAUGAUUCAAGCUUUGUUAACAUAACAAUUAAUUAUUACCUCUGUAUCUCGCUUGUAACUGUUGACUUCCAACAUUAAAAUUUUGGUCAAUCAUUCAAAAUACCCAAAAUAAAUAAUUUUGAUCAUGAAAAAUUUAAGACAAUUUUGAUCAUAAAUCUUGUCUGUAGGUUCCUAGAAGUGUUUGGCAACUGUAUGUAAACCGUCAUACUAUAGACCACCUUGGUUUAGUGCAUUCAAUGCAUUAUGAGUCUUGUCUGGCAGUUACCAUGGUUACAUGCAAUAUUGAAAGUGAUUUAUGAAACUUUGUUACUCUGCCGUAAUCUCAUAGGAUCUGCUAUAAAAUCUCCAGCAGCUAUUAUAAUCAGUGAAUUAGAAGCGAACUGUCUUCUAGUGUAUAUUUCAGUAAUCGCAAACUUUGAUAGUAAUUCUAUUUUAGGCAGGUCAUUCUGUACGUCAUGUCCUCAUUCUCUGAAUAUAAUGACGUCAUGUCCUCAUUCUCAGAAUAUAAUGACAUGUCCUCAUUCUGAAAAUAUGAUGAUGUCAUGUCCUCAUUCUCAGAAUAUAAUGACGUCAUGUCCUCAUUCUCAGAAUAUAAUGAUGUCAAGUCUUCAUUCUCAGAAUAUAAUGACGUCAUGUCCUCAUUCUCAGAAUAAAAUGACGUCAUGUCCUCAUUUUAAAAAUAUAAUGACGUCAUGUCCUCAUUCUCAGAAUAUAAUGGCGUCAUGUCCUCAUUCUGAGAAUAUAAUGACGUCAUGUCCUACUCUUAGAAUAUAAUGACGUUAUGUCCUUUUUCUGAGAAUAUAAUGACGUCAUGUCCUCAUUCUCAAAAUAUAAUGACGUCAUGUCCUCCUCAAAAUAUAAUGACUUCCUUCUGUCUAGUGUAUGUGUCAACAACUCCUUCGAUUUAUCAUGGCAUUGACUUAUAUGUAUGUACAAGAAUAUUUAUGCUAAAAUAAACUUUAUAAACUUUA